AUGGCUUCUCCUAUCACCUGCCACGUUCUGAACACACUCUCGGGCACUCCAGCCAACAAUUUGAAGGCCACUCUUACCCUGCUUCCCACCGAUCCAGCCUUGGGUAAAAGUGGCGAGAGCUUCGCUGCAACCACAAAUGAGGACGGACGCGUGAAGGAAUGGGAGGCAUCGUCAGGCAACACACUGCUUGAGGUGAUGGAACAGUUCGCAGCUGGCGAACGAAUUCCGUGGAGCAUCAAAUUCGCCAUUGGGCCUUGGUACGAAGAACGGGGAGUGGAGAGCUUCUGGCCAGAGAUCGAAGUCAAAUUCUACGUCAAGAAGGGAGAGCGGCAUUACCACGUACCUGUGCUGGUCGGGCCUUGGACGUACACAACGUACAGAGGGUCCUGA